CGGGGUGGUUCAGUCCCCACGCUCCCCACAUCGCCUCGGGGUGGUUCAGCCCCCACAUCCCCCAUGUCCCCUCGGGGUGGUUCACGCCUCCCGCCAUCCUCUUCUGCUCCCACAGCUUAGCCCCUCUGGUUCUGCCGCGCUCCCCAUUUAGGGGAAUUCAGUUUAUCCUCCCUCCGGCCCUGUGGGUGGUACGAUCCCCUCCCCCCCUCCGCACCCGCGGUUGGUCCGCCCCGGCCCGCUUCCGGCCUGCGCUGGGCCUGGUUCCGGUGUCCGCCCUCCGGCUCCUCCUGCCGUCGCUGCUGCCGCCGCCGCGAUGCUGCUAUUGUCCCGGUCCCGCUGUCUGAGCGGGGCGCUCGGCCGCUCGCUCUGCGCCCUCCGGCAGGGGAACUGUAAUCUGGGGAGACGCUGUCUGUCCGGUGUAUCUCGGAGCCAGGGGCUGGCUUACAUCAACAGCAGCAAGCUUGUGGUAAACACCUCCAGUGUCUUCUCCGUCCGUUACUUCAGAAUCACAGCAGUGUGCAGGGAUGACGUGAUUACAAUUAACACACCGGCAUUUGCAGAAUCAGUCACAGAGGGAGAUGUCAGGUGGGAGAAAGCUGUUGGAGAUACAGUGGCAGAGGACGAAGUGGUGUGUGAGAUUGAAACAGACAAGACAUCAGUGCAGGUUCCCUCCCCGUCAGCUGGUGUGAUUGAAGCCCUUCUAGUACCUGAUGGGGGGAAAGUGGAAGGAGGGACUCCUCUGUUCAAACUCAGGAAAAGUGGAGCUGCUCCCACCAAGGCCAAACCAGCAGUGGCCCCUCUUGCUGCAGCCCCUGCACCUGAGCCUGUGGUUGCUGCCGUUGCUCCCCCUGCAGAGCCAAUCCCCACUACGAUGCCUCCAGUGCCCCCUGUGUCAACACAGCCCAUUGAUACCAAACCUGUGUCUGCGGUGAAGCCGACUGCAGCUCCAGUGGCAGCUCCUGGUGUGGAGCCAGGGGCCAGCAAAGGUGCCAGAUCAGAACAUAGGGUGAAAAUGAACAGGAUGCGUCAGCGCAUUGCUCAGCGCCUGAAAGAGGCUCAAAAUACAUGUGCCAUGCUGACCACCUUCAAUGAGAUUGAUAUGAGUAACAUCCAGGAGAUGAGAGCCCGGCACAGAGAUUCCUUCCAGAAGAAGCACAACCUGAAACUAGGCUUUAUGUCAGCCUUUGUGAAAGCUUCAGCCUUUGCCUUGCAGGAGCAGCCCAUCGUGAAUGCGGUGAUUGAUGACACAACCAAAGAGAUGGUGUACAGGGACUAUGUGGAUAUCAGUGUUGCAGUGGCAACUCCCAGGGGUCUCGUGGUCCCUGUCAUCAGGAAUGUAGAAACUAUGAACUUUGCUGACAUAGAGCGAACCAUCAACGAGCUAGGGGAGAAGGCCCGAAAGAAUGAGCUGGCUAUUGAGGACAUGGAUGGGGGCACCUUCACAAUCAGCAAUGGAGGGGUCUUUGGGUCCCUCUUUGGGACACCCAUCAUCAACCCUCCCCAGUCUGCCAUACUGGGCAUGCAUGGCAUCUUUGACAGGCCUGUUGCUGUUGGAGGCAAAGUCGAGGUGCGGCCCAUGAUGUAUGUGGCGCUGACGUACGAUCACCGGCUGAUUGAUGGCAGAGAGGCAGUGACUUUCCUGCGCAAGAUCAAGGCUGUGGUGGAGGAUCCCCGCGUGAUGCUGCUGGACCUCUAGAGCACAGCCUCAACCCCAUACACCCCAACCAGGGCAGGGAUGCAGCACCAGCAGGGGUAAUAUAGGGCAUUCAGGAACCAGCAGGAGUUCAUUCCAGUCUCCUCCCCACCCCUGUGUCAGGAGGGGUCUUGGAGGGAACCCUGGAGUUAGCUCCUACCUCCUUUCCUGUUCUCUUGAGAAAUGGUUCAGUUUCUCCCUUGGGCUGUUAUCCAUUGGGCAAACUACCAAAUGGCAUGGGCUCUCCAGAACCUC